AUGGCUAUCUUUCCCGCCUAUGACUAUGGUGUUCUUUUCCCGUUCCUUACUAGCUUUGCCUCCCUCUGGACAGACAAAUAUUACCAAUCGAUCUCGGUCAGUGAAGUCCAUUUUGUCGCUCUUGUGAUCGGAUACACCCUCACCGCUCAAGUUGGCGCUCACUUCACUGACUGGCUGCGGAAGCAUCUCAAACGCAAGCGAGGCCACACUGCACCUGAACACGGAAUCCUUUUGAUGAUUCCAGGCGUAAAAUUAUUGCUAGCUGGUUUGUUCUGGCAUGGCUGGUCGGCAGAAGCAAUGGCGUUAUGGGUUGUAGUAGACAUUGGAGCUGCGACGUUUGGUUUUGGAGUGAUUCUCAGCACUUAG